AGAAGAGAGACAAUGUCGUCAAAACACUUCAUCAACGAUCCUUCCCAUCUCGUUUCCACGGCCUUGCAAUCCAUCACUCUCACCAACCCCAACGUCGCGUUGGAUGCAGAGAACAAGAUCAUCUACCUCCGCCCGGACGUCGCGGGAGAUGCCCAAGUCAGCAUCAUUAGCGGUGGAGGAUCCGGCCACGAGCCCUCUUUCGCGGCCUUUGUGGGUCCGGGGCUCCUCAGUGGCGCUGUAGCAGGUACCAUUUUCGCCUCACCUUCUGCGGAACAGGUGCGAAGAUGUAUUUCGCAGCGAGUCGACACUAGUCGCGGCGUGUUGGUUGUGGUCAUGAACUACACAGGCGAUGUGCUGAACUUUGGAAUGGCUGUGGAGAAGGCGAAAGCAGCGGGCAUAGAAGUGGAGAUGGUGGUGGUGGGUGAUGAUGCAGCAGUAUCGAGAUCGAAGGGAGGAAAGGUAGGCAGGAGAGGGAUUGCGGGUACGGUGCUGGUUCAUAAGAUUGCUGGAGCGGCUGCGGCUGGGGGAGCGGGGCUGAAGGAUGUGCACAAAGUCGCUCAGGCAGUGGCUGACAAUACUGUUUCUAUGGGAUCGUCUUUGGCGCAUGUUCAUGUUCCUGGACGAGAAGAUCACGAGGAGGAUCUGAAGCGUGAUGAGGUCGAGAUCGGUAUGGGCAUACAUAAUGAGUCUGGAUCGCAGCGGGCAGCCGCCGACCUUCCGAAGAAUGUGAAGCUGAUGCUCAAGAACAUGCUGGACCAGAGUGACCAGGAUCGUGCUUUCCUGAAGGUGUCUGGCUCUGAUGAGAUGGUGCUCCUGAUCAAUAAUCUCGGUGGUGUCAGCGUUUUGGAGCUUGGUGGCAUCACUACAGAGGUCGUCAAUCAGCUCGAGAGCGAUUAUGGAAUCAGACCUGUGAGGAUCUUGGCCGGCACUUUCAUGACUUCGUUGAACGGACUGGGCUUCUCGAUAUCGCUCCUCAAGACGUCUGACCUCGGUAUUGGCAAGUCAAUGCUGGAGCUGUUGGACGCACCUUCCGAGGCGGCGGGCUGGUCUGCAGCAAUUUCUUCAAAGACUUGGACUCAAAGGCCCACCCAAACUCGAGAGCUGGCCCGGGACAAGACGGCCGAGAAUCAAGCCUCGAAUGUUCAAAUCGAUGCCGCGUAUGCUAGUAACGUGCUGGGACAAGCUCUCGACCAGCUGAUCAAGGCAGAGCCUGAGGUGACGCGAUUCGAUACCAUAGUGGGAGAUGGAGACUGUGGGAUUGGCCUCAAGCGUGGCGCCGAAGGCAUCAAAGGUCGACUCUCCGAUAUCAGUGGGCAGAACGAUGCUGCGCUGUGGCUCAAUGAGAUAAUCAGCGUUGUUGAGACUGACAUGGACGGGACCAGCGGCGCGCUGUAUGCGAUAUUCCUCAACGCUCUUGCGUAUGGCAUUCGUCUGCAGGGUAGUAAUGGAGGCAAGCAAGCUGAUCCAAAGGUCUGGGCUAGUGCGUUACGAGAAGCUAGCAAGAGUCUUGCCAAGUACACGCCAGCGAAGCCCGGAGAUCGAACAUUGGUUGAUGCAUUGGCGCCAUUCGUGGAAGAGUUGAGCUCAAGCGGAGAUGUCCAGAAGGCGGCGCAGGCUGCCGAUGAGGGCGCAAAGAAGACCAAAGGAAUGAAGGCCAGCCUGGGUCGAACAGUGUAUCUGGGAGGCAGUGGUUUUGAGGAGGUUCCUGAUCCAGGAGCGUAUGGCUUGUCGAUAUUCCUGUCUGGUCUGGCAUCGGCAUUAAAGUAGGUAAGUAAGCACGGUAGUCGGUGGUGGAAAAUUGGCAACUUGUCUCACGAAGGAUGUAUGCGAGUACCAUAGUUUUGUCGUAAUACAUAGCCUGCUUUUGGCGGCUCAAAAAGCAUCCCCUCCAAGCACUCUGCUCAUCUGCAGAAUCUCUCGCGGUCAUUCGACCUGCAUGACCCUACUUGCAGUAUUCCCAUCCAAUGCGCCUGGGAGGCUUUCCAUGCACCUCUCCCCGAUGAUCGUGAACCGCGGCUCCCGUUCGUACAGGGCCAUACUUGCGCUCUUUCCACUUGUCCAUACUGAUAAUAGACCACUCAACUCAGCAACACCAGAAUGACACUGUCUCCACGCAAGAACAUUUUGCUGAUGAAGCGGUCUUUGUUGACCACGCGGCCCUUCUUGCCAUCAGACGUGCGGGGAGUCUCACUCCACAUCUCCUUCACAUUCUCGAGCACCAUAUUGCAGUGGCGAUCAAAGGCCUUGACUCUACCCAGCAGCUUGCGGUUGUUACGGCAUGAGAUGAGGACCUGAGUGUGUUGUCGCACGGCGGUCUGGAGGAGCGACAGCGGGCCUGAUGUGAACUCGUGAGUCUCGAGGAGAGAGAUCUCGUACUCUGUGAGCUCAGCGCGAGGCUUUGCGAGGAGUUCUUGGAUCUUCGCCUCUGAUGCGCCUGAUGCCAUGACUGCGACUGUCGUAUCGGGAUGACGGGAUAUUGUGGUGUAUUGUGUUGUGUUGCG